UGCGGAUUGCCGUAACAUUGCGCCUGUUCAGCAGCAUUAACAACUUCCAGAAGAAGAUUUUUAAUUGCAUAUUUCUUAUUAAUAAAGCUAGAGUCACUUUUCCAGGCGCAUACGGGGGAUCGCAGCACUAGAAGAAAGUAUGGAUUACGUUCUGUCAUUCACUGGGAAGGGCGCCCGCUCCAUCCGCGACGCCGUUUCCAGUCGGAUCUGGCCUUCGUCACCCAGAGAAGUUUACUUCCAAGACACUUUUGCCGAUCGGACAGGUUUGCAUGGAGAAAACGGCCGAGCCAAAGAUACCGGGCAGAAGAAGACUCCAGAGAAGAAGGAUGUGCGGCGCAUGUCGUUCCAGCGACCCAAGGGGACCGUGGAGUAUUCCGUGGAGUCCCGGGACACAUUGAACAGUAUUGCACUGAAGUUCGACACCACGCCCAAUGAGCUGGUCCAGCUGAACAAGCUCUUCUCCAGAGCAGUUGUGCCUGGCCAGGUUCUCUAUGUUCCGGACCCAGAGUAUGUGUCCAGCGUGGGGAGCUCCCCCUCCCUCAGUCCCAUCAGCCCGAUGUCCCCCACCUCGUCUGAGGCCGACCUAGAGAAGGUCACAGACUCUGAUGGGCCCCCCCGGCCGGAAGCCCCGCCUCCCGCCUCCACCGGGCUCCGCCCCACCCGAGUGGUGUCAUCCACCUCUGAGGAGGAAGAGGCCCUCACUGAGAAGUUCCUUAAGAUCAACUGCAAGUACAUCACCGACGGCAAGGGUACCGUCAGUGGGGUUCUGCUGGUCACUCCCAACAACGUCAUGUUCGACCCUCACCGGACGGACCCGUUGGUGCAGGAGCGAGGCUGUGAGGAGUACGGCAUCAUGUGUCCCCUGGAGGAGAUCAUGUCGGCCGCUGUGUACCGCGAGAUAACCGACAGCAAGAUCAGAGAGUCCAUCCCUCAGGACUUAGAGCAGUUUUUGGGGAGGGACCCAUGUCACCCAAAGAGAAUACCACGGAGUCAUGCUGACGAACCAGAGACUCGGGGGAGGGACAUGGGUAACGACAGCUCCAGCACAGCCCCCCGCAGCACAGAGGAGUCCUUCUCCGAGGACGUCUUCACUGAGUCGGAGCUCUCGCCCAUCCGAGAGGAGCUGGUGUCCUCCGAUGAACUGCGGCAUGACAAGUCGUCAGGUGCCUCUUCCGAGUCCGUACAGACCGUCAGCCAGGUCGACGUUGCCGGAAACCUGGAGACGGUCGCUGACGCCUCCACACCCAUGACCCGGCAAGCAGAGGAGCCGAUGCUUGUGGCGGAGACAGGUCCGGGGGUGCCAGGCCACGCAGCGUCCUUCCUCCACGGGCUCCAAACAUCCCAGCGUGGAGAGAUACCGGGGAUGCCCGGCCAGGAGGGGAACAAAGCUUACAGCGCCUCGGAUGCACAGGGAUCCACCGCUGCGGCCUCCCAGCCCUGCGGUCAAGACAGACCUGAUGGUGCCAGACUGGCCGGGGAGUCCGGCCAGGACACGGAGGCUGACGUGGAGGAGCUGAGAAAGAUGUGGAAGAGUCAUACUAUGCAACAAACUAAGGAACAGAGGGAGACGGUGCACAUGGACGUGAUGGGAGCCAAGGAAGGGCAGAUGACGCCAGAAGGACAGGUGGCACCCAAGGAGAAGCGGAGGCAUCGAUCACACAAGUUCCUGUGCCUACGGGUGGGUAAGCCCAUGCGGAAGACCUUUGUGUCCCAAGCCAGCGCCUCCAUGCAGCAGUACGCCCAGAGGGACAAGAAACAUGAGUACUGGUUUGCCGUCCCACAGGAGAGGUCUGACCACCUGUAUGUGUUCUUCAUCCAGUGGAACCCAGACACAUACGGGGAGGGAUUGGGAGCUCCGGGUCGGGAACCAGGGUUUAUGGUGGUGAAGAAGAAUCAGGAGUCAGAGGGCGGAGACGAGCUGUCCUCCACGGAUGAGGAGGCCAAGGAGUGGGAGGUAGUGCCGGUGGCUGAGUAUCACCGCCGGAUCGAUGCGCUAAACAGCGAAGAUCUGCGCGCUCUCUGCAGGCGUCUCCAGAUAUCCACCAAGGAGGAUAUUAACUCCAAGCAUGGAGCGAACACCAAGUCUGAGCUGGAUCCGGAGACUUUCAGACCCAACCUGAGCGAGCCUAGCACCCUGCUGGAGCCAGAGCAGAUAGAGAAGCUUGCUAAGAAUCUCCCUCCCAGGACCAUCGGCUACCCGUGGACGUUGGCGUUUGGCACAGCCAAGCACGGCAUGAGCAUAAAGACCCUGUACCGUGCCAUGCAAGGCCAAGACACGCCAGUGCUCAUGGUCAUCAAGGACAGCGAUGGCCAGCUCUUUGGCGCAUUGGCAUCCGAGCCUUUUAAAGUCAGUGAUGGCUUCUAUGGGACGGGAGAGACCUUUCUGUUCACCUUCUGUCCCGAGUUUGAGGUGUUCAGAUGGACAGGAGACAACAUGUUCUUCAUCAAGGGAGACAUGGACUCGUUAGCAUUUGGAGGUGGAGGAGGGGAAUUCGGUCUCUGGCUCGACGGAGAUCUCUACCACGGCAGAAGUCACUCGUGCAAAACCUUUGGCAACCCCAUGCUGUCAAAGAAAGAGGACUUUUAUGUGCAGGACAUAGAGAUCUGGUCGUUCGAGUAAUGAACUGACGGGACGCUCGGGGGAAGACGACGACGACGCCACCGUGCGAGGGGAUCGCAUCAUAACCAAAGCCUUGACGUUCCAAACCUGACUGCUCAUCACCUUGGCUCUCCCCAGACUCGCCCUGGAAGCAUAACCACCCUGUCGGCUGCCACGUUUGGUCUCACUGUGCAGGGAACAUGCGUGUGUGCAGGUUGGGAGAGGUACGGGACAGUGCUGGGGAGGGGGUGGCUGGGCACUGUUCCCGCUUUGGCCCUACAGGAGGAAGGAUCGUCAACGCAUUUGCGCCCCCUGUGUGUAGUAGAUGAUGGCAGUGCAGGUUUGGGACUCAGGUACAGGCGCAUGGGCAGAGCAGGGCAGAGGCAACUCAAAGGUCCAGACUUCUGUAGCUGUGUGAGGUGUCCUUGACUGGCCCGAUAUAGGAACCCCAACACGUUCUAGGCCUUAACAGAAGUUUUAAGCAGACCUAUUUCCUCGGUCUCUCAGUAGAGGGCCCUGAAAGGAGAAUAGGUUUUGGGCAUGUAACACUAGAAGCAUCGGCAGGACAGGGUACCACGACCAGGCAUGGUUUCCGCAUUACCAGGUUCUUCAGAAGCAAAAUGUAGACUACUGUGUAUUAUAGUCCUCCUGUUGUUCACCCUUUUAGCACACCAUCGUGAAGCACAUAGCUAUAAGAAUACCCAUAGUCGUAACGUUCCGUUCAGUGGGUGUACGUGUGAGUCCGGCCAACGCCAGCUUCGCCCUGGGGCUGCGUGUGCUGUUUGUAGACAGUAAUGUGUUGCAAUAGAUUUGUGGAAUAUGCAAAUUACUGUCAUGUGACCUCAGAUAACACAGGUGGGAGUUCUGUCGACCUGUUCUUUCAGAGAACGUUGUAAGGCUUAUACGUCUUAACUAAUGAUUGCUUUUCUGGGUAAAAUUUGAAAAGCCUGAGAUUGUUUACUGUUUUCCACUAAUGAAAAUUUAUGUAUUUAUAUAUAUGAUUAUAUAUAAAUAUAUAAUUAUAUAUAUUGCUGUUAAGUGUGACAGUGAUCUUUUUGUGCUGAUAUUUCAGCUGUUACAAAUAUAUUGUAUAUUACCCUGUAAAUUAAUGUUAAAUUAGUAAAUUUGUUCCUAUAUAUACAUAAAUAUAUAUAUAUAUAUAUAUAUAUAAAAUGUUGAUGGUGAGUUGCUUAUAGCACUUUAGUAUACAAGCAUAAUAUCAGGUCCCUAGGGUUAUUCAUUGAUAGCUGUACAUUACAUUUAUUAUAAUGAUUUUUUUAAGGUUAAGAAAGCUUGCUGCUACCAUAUCUGAUAGUGUGGGUCCAUGCUCUGUCACAGAAGAGAGCAUUUAUCCGUGCUGAGAGGGGGGGCGCCGGGCACGGGUCCUCCUGCUGCCACGUGCCCAUCUGGGACGCGGGGGUGUAAAUAAUCUUUUCAGCGGCUUUCUCCCCCCCUUUCUGCUCUUCCACAGCAGUACCUGUGUACUUGUGGAGUCAGAGAACUACAAAUAAGCCCUCGAAUUACUUCACCAGAUUACUAUGUAACAGUGAUGUAUAAAUAACAAUAGGAAAUGAAUAAAUUGUUGUACAACCUCUGAGUUGUUUUCCCUG